AUGAAUCUCGAACAAUUUUCUAGUGAAUUAUUACUCUACCUAUUCGAAUUUAUUACUCCAUUAGAUUUAUUUCGUACUUUUUACAAUUUGAACUCUCACUUCAAUGAUCUUAUUCUUAUAUAUUUUCAAAAUUAUCGUUUUGAUUUUCGUUCAUUAUCAAGACAAGAAUUACAAAUUAUUUGUCAGAAUUAUAUACCAUUGAUCUUUGACAAAGUUGUUUAUCUUCAUCUAUUUGAUAAUGAUGGUACACCGGGACACGCAACUGAUUUUUUAAAUUAUAAUAUUAGUCUUGAUCAAUUUACACGUUUAAAAGCUUUAACAUUAUCUAGUAUGGAAUGGCAUUCAAAAACUGAUGAAUUUUUUUCUUUUGGAAUACAAAAACUUCAUCAUCUUACAUAUCUGAAACUGGAUGAUUGUUGUUUAAUUAAUGAUGAUGUUAAAAAGCAAGACAGAUAA